CCAGCGAGCCGGGCCGGUGGCGUCCGCUCCGAGGACCCCGCGCUGGACCCUGAGGCUGCGAAGGAGAAAACUACAGUCCGGGAUGGCUCAGUCGGCCUGUCCAGAGUCGCGCAGCUGGUUCGGGCCGAGCCCCGACUGCGAGAGUGAGGCGCAUGGCCCCUGCACACCGGGCCUCGGAGGGUCCCAGGCUUGAGGACCCGUCGGGCCCCCCACCCCUUUGGAAAGGCAAGGAGAGGAGCCUGCGCUGGUAGUGAGCCUCCACUUCUGCCCUUGACUGCAACACCCUAGGUUAGGGGGCUGGGAAGGAUCCCCCACUCACAAUAUUUGGAUAGGGUGCCCCCCUGGCUUAGUCAUGGCGAAGCUGGAGACACUGCCUGUGCGCGCCGACCCAGGGCGGGAUCCUCUCCUGGCCUUUGCCCCCCGGCCCUCUGAGCUCGGACCCCCAGACCCUCGCCUGGCCAUGGGCAGUGUGGGCAGUGGGGUGGCCCACGCCCAGGAGUUCGCCAUGAAGAGUGUGGGCACCCGCACAGGGGGUGGGGGCAGCCAGGGCAGCUUCCCCGGCCCCCGCAGCAGUGGUGGCGGGGCCAGCAGGGAGAGGCCAGGCCGCUACCCCUCAGAAGACAAGGCUCUCGCCAACUCCCUCUACCUCAACGGCGAGCUGCGGGGCAGUGACCACACUGAUGUCUGUGGCAACGUGGUGGGCAGCAGCGGUGGCAGUAGCAGCAGCGGCGGCAGUGACAAGGCCCCACCACAGUAUCGCGAGCCCAGCCAUCCGCCUAAGCUCCUGGCCACCUCUGGCAAGCUAGACCAGUGCUCAGAGCCGCUAGUUCGGCCUUCGGCCUUCAAGCCCGUUGUACCCAAGAACUUCCACUCCAUGCAGAACUUGUGCCCUCCGCAAACCAAUGGUACUCCUGAGGGGCGCCAGGGUCCUGGUGGUCUCAAGGGCGGACUGGACAAGUCUCGGACCAUGACCCCGGCGGGCGGGGGUGGGGGCGGCCUCUCAGACUCAGGCCGGAACUCACUCACAAGCCUGCCCACCUACAGCUCCAGCUAUAGCCAGCACCUGGCGCCCCUCAGUGCCUCCACCAGCCACAUCAACCGCAUCGGCACUGCCAGCUACGGUAGUGGCAGCGGUGGCAGCAGCGGCGGUGGCUCGGGCUAUCAGGACCUGGCAACCUCCGACAGUGGGCGGGCCUCCAGCAAGAGUGGGUCGUCCUCCUCCAUGGGGCGGCCAGGCCACCUGGGAUCGGGGGAGGGCGGAGGUGGAGGCCUGCCCUUCGCGGCCUGCUCACCACCCUCGCCCAGUGCUCUGAUCCAGGAGCUGGAGGAGCGGCUGUGGGAGAAGGAGCAGGAGGUGGCGGCCCUGCGGCGGAGCCUGGAGCAGAGCGAGGCCGCCGUGGCCCAGGUGCUGGAGGAGCGUCAGAAGGCGUGGGAGCGCGAGCUGGCCGAGCUGCGGCAGGGCUGCAGUGGGAAGCUGCAGCAGGUGGCGCGCCGCGCCCAGCGCGCCCAGCAGGGCCUACAGCUGCAGGUGCUGCGGCUGCAGCAGGACAAGAAGCAGCUGCAGGAGGAGGCAGCGCGGCUGAUGCGGCAGCGGGAAGAGCUUGAGGACAAGGUGGCCGCCUGCCAGAAGGAGCAGGCUGACUUCCUGCCCCGGAUGGAGGAAACUAAGUGGGAGGUGUGCCAGAAGGCCGGGGAGAUCUCCCUCCUGAAGCAGCAGCUGAAGGACUCGCAGGCCGACGUGUCCCAGAAGCUGAGCGAGAUCGUGGGGCUGCGCUCGCAGCUGCGCGAGGGCCGGGCCUCGCUGCGGGAGAAGGAGGAGCAGCUGCUCAGCCUGAGGGACUCCUUCGGCAGCAAGCAGGCCAGCCUGGAGCUGGGCGAGGCCGAGCUGCCCACGGCCUGCCUCAAACCCGCGCUGACCCCCGUGGACCCGGCGGAGCCCCAGGAUGCCCUGGCCACGUGCGAGAGCGACGAGGCCAAGAUGCGCCGGCAGGCCGGGGUGGCCGCUGCCGCCUCGUUGGUCUCCUUGGACGGCGAGGCGGAUGCGGGCGGGGAGAGCGGGACGCGGGCCCUGCGGCGGGAGGUGGGGCGGCUGCAGGCCGAGCUGGCGGCCGAGCGGCGAGCCCGGGAGCGCCAGGGAGCCAGCUUCGCGGAGGAGCGCCGCGUGUGGCUGGAGGAGAAGGAGAAGGUCAUCGAGUACCAGAAGCAGCUGCAGUUGAGUUACGUGGAGAUGUACCAGCGCAACCAGCAGCUGGAGCGGCGGCUGCGGGAGCGCGGGGCCGCCGGGGGUGCCAGCACACCCACCCCGCCGCACGGGGAGGAGAAGAAAGCCUGGACGCCCUCCCGCCUUGAGCGCAUUGAGUCCACGGAAAUCUGAUCCCCUCCCCCCCGCCCCCACCUGGGCAUGUGGCCUUUUGACAAAUGCCCUGUCAAAGGCCAGAGUCCCCAGUGUCCCCUCCCUGCCUUCUCUCUUCCCCAUGUCCCCCAUGUCCCCAGACCAAAGAGGUUCUCCAAGCAGCUGUGACCAGGCCCCUCCCCUCCCCCCACUGGGGGCCCUCCGGGCUCUGCGGCUGGGCGACCCACUCGGCCCCUCCUCCCAUGGAGGGGAUAGAGGGAGGCAGAAUGAGUGGGGGUUGAGGGGCCCAGGCAGCAGGGGAGCCCAUGCUCCCCUUGGCACUGCUUUGUUGGAGAUGGAGAUAGCAGGCUUGCAGUGCCAUGAGGUGCCCUGGCCCCUUGGUAGGUCUGGGCUGCUACUGUUGGCCACCUAGGUGUCCAGUGAUGCUCUCUGUGGUGGUCACCUCCUAGGCCAUGUAGCCUGAGAGGGCCUGCAUGGGAUCUGCUGAAGCUGACAGACCUUGGGCUCCUGGCCUCUCUCCUUCCUGCUCUAUUAUCCCUCCCUGGGCAGAUUGGCAGGACAAGUGGGAGCGGAUGGCCUGUCUGUGGUUGAGAGGGCUACCUGCCCAGCCCCUCCCCCCCAAGGUCCCUUGAGCUUAGGCCUCAGAGCCUGGCCUGGUCCUGGGUGUAUGUCCGAAUGUGCGUAUCAGGCCGGAGGGGAGGCUGGGGCGGAGGCUCCGUGCCCAGGGAAGAUCUGCCCCUCUGUACUUGGGAAAGUUCACCUGGAUGCUUCUUAGCUCCACCCUACCCUUCUGGCCAGGAUCCCACAGGGUGAUAGCCCCAUCUGCUUGGCUCACCCCACACCCAGGGCCACUGUCCGGCUCAAACUACAGCUAUUAAGUGCUACCUGCCUCUCAGGCACUCCCCUCACCCAGUUUCCGAGGUCACUUGAGUGUCUGUGGUGUCUUCCUGGGUCUUCUCCCACCUGAUUCCCCCGGCCUCCCUCUGCUUUCACGCUCACAACAUCAUUGUCCUAGGCUGCCUCUUCCCCCAAACCUCACCUCUUCUUCCAGUAGAAAAUUCUGCUUGAUCUUUGGUGCACUGCCCACUUCCAAGCUCCAAUGGGCCCAAGCCUGAGCCAGAGGCCUUUGUUUUGGGGGGCGAAGGGGACGGUUGUGAUUGCCCUUGAAGGACAAGGCUGACCUGAGAGGAACACUGACCCCUGAGUUCCCAGGACCCCGGGUUUGCCCAGGCUAGGCCUGGCAUGGCCAUCAGUGGGGGCUGGGACAGCAAUGUCACUUCCCUCCUCUCGGUAUCAUCUCAGAGUCUGUCUCCGUAAGAUAGGAAGGGAAAGGCAAAUUUCUAAUUCACCAGCAAUAAAACAUUAGAGGAGGCUUGGCCCUCAACCCUUAUAUUUCUCUCUUUUCACUCUCUUCCUCCCACCCGCAAGACUGGGUUCGGAGGGGAGGGUGGAGAGAGCUGGCAACUACUGUGAGCAAGUUCCCCACCCCCUGACCAGCCUCCUCCCAUGACUGGUGACUGUUUAAUGAGCUGUGCGUCCCCCACAAAAACAAGAGCGCCCCUCUGUGUGGCCUCUGUCCCUCUGCACAGCCCCUUCCCGGUGACCCUCACCAGCUCUCUGAACCGGGUGAGGGAGCCAUCCUGGUAAUCACUGCCCGUUCCACUCACCCCUCACUGCACCUGCCCCAGAACCUGGGCUUAGGCCAGAGGGGCAGGGGGAAGAGAAGGCAUUAGUAGGAAAAAAAAAAAAAAAAA